AAUGACAGCAAGCUGUCCACUGUUAACGCGUCAAUUAGGCUACAUGCCAAUUACAUAUAUUGGUAUUGCCAGAUUUUAGGAGAAGGAGCUCAGGAUGCUGUGCGUCACAAUGCGCGUUGGCAAAAGUGUUUAAAUCAACGUCACUGCAUCGGAACCGACACACCUCCACUUUGCACACAUUCCUUCAGUUUUCCAGUGCUACGAUCAUUGCAGGCACAAUAACGCACUCCAGCAGGCAGUUUGGACAUGAGGCGGCACGAGGCGCACUGACCGCUCACUGUUUAGAAAAUGAACUGCUGCAAAUGUUCAAGAUACACAGGUUUACCAUGUCGUAAAGCGACAGAAGAGUGAGUCACUCACUGGAAUAAGCAUACAGACUGAUUUAUGCCCUGUGACUACGGACAACUACAAUGGAUAUCACUUUGGACCCCCUUUCAACAUCUAUUCUUUACGACGAUGAAGACGGAAACGAAACCUCCACCAAUCUGUUCGAGCAGCCGGACUGGCAGGUGGCAUUAUGGGCGAUUGCAUACUCUUUGAUCGUAAUUGUGUCCAUCAUUGGCAAUGUCACUGUUAUUUGGAUAAUUCUGGCACAUAAACGCAUGAGGACAGUGACCAACUACUUCAUUGUAAACCUCGCCUUUUCUGAUGCUUCUAUGGCAACUUUUAACACUGUCUUCAAUUUCGUGUAUGCUUUGCACAAUGACUGGUAUUUUGGUUUAGGAUACUGUAAAUUUCAAAACUUCUUCCCAAUAACAGCAAUGUUCUCAAGCAUUUAUUCAAUGGCGGCUAUUGCUGUUGACAGAUAUAUGGCUAUAAUCCAUCCCCUGAAGCCCAGGCUCUCCUCCACUACUACUAAAGUUCUGAUCGGGGUCAUCUGGACUGUGGCUUUUUCACUGGCCUUCCCUCAGUGUUAUUACGCCAGCACCAAGUUCUACUUCCCUCGGACUGUUUGUAUGGUGGAAUGGCCUGAUGAUUAUGGAGGGAAACAUCAGCUCUCGUAUCAGAUUGCUGUGAUUAUCCUGAUCUACUUGCUCCCUCUGCUGGUGAUGUUGGUGACCUACAGCCUGGUGGGACAGAGGCUGUGGGGCAGUGAGAUCCCUGGAGAAGCAUCAGACCAUUACCAGAACCAGAUGCAGGCGAAACGAAAGGUUGUGAAGAUGAUGAUAGUGGUGGUGACAACCUUUGCAAUAUGUUGGCUGCCCUACCACAUCUACUUCAUUCUGGGGAGCUUCAACAGGGACAUAUACAAGCAGCACUACAUCCAGCAGGUCUAUUUGGCCAUCUUCUGGUUAGCCAUGAGUUCCACUAUGUACAACCCCAUCAUCUACUGCUGUCUAAACCAAAGAUUUCGCUCAGGUUUUCGCAAAGCAUUCCAGUGGUGUCCCUUCAUCAAGAUUUCUGAGGAGGACAACAUGGAACUGCAGCACAUGAGGACCUUUCACAUGAGACGCAGUUAUCGCACCGAGACCACCAGCGUGGUGGUCCGAAAUCAUGCCAACGAACCAGAAGACACCACAUCCAAACUAAUCAAAGCCUGAGUCUACAAUAUUUCAGUGAUGGGUAAACAGAGAGGGUGAAAAACACUCUUUUGUUUCCUAUUCUUAAAAUCAAGCACGCCCACACUUUGCAUUUAAUACCUCACAUUGUGCUCUAUGGUGGAUUCAGUGGGGUUUACAGGCGGGGUAUUUUAUCUACUCUUAUGGCAUAAGCACCGAGCCUUAUUUGUUUCUGUGUUGCUGCUUAAAGUACUAGUCAUAGGUCUACAUAUAGAUCAGUUUGUUCUGUAUACUGUAUGCACUACCAUUCAAAAGUCUGUGGUUAGUAAGAUUAAAGAAAUAAAUACUUUUAUUUAGAAAGGAUGCAGUAAAACUAAAAGUAACAAUACAGAUAUAAAAUGUUACAAAAGAAUCCUUAAAAAUGUAUCCUGAUUUAAAAAAAAAAAAAAAUUAAGUAGCACAACUGUUGUCAACACUGAAAUGUUUCAGCAUGUUAUAAUGAUUUCUGAAGGGUCAUGUGACAGUAAGUAAUAACAUUUCACCAUAUUACUAUUUUACUGUAUUUUGAUCAAAUAAAUGCAGUCUUGAUUUUUAUCAAAAACUUCUCAAAAAAUAUUACUCACCCAAAUUUUUUGAACGGUAGUGUACCUUGUUUCAUACACCACUCUAUAGAGAAAUGAAUGUUUCAGACUGUAAAUAUUGGUUAAGUGUCAAGUGGUGGCUGUAAAUGUAAAAAAAAUAAUAUUCAGAGCUAAAAAAAAUCAAUUUUUAAUUGGUCAGUGCAUCUGUACCUUUGGUCAAGAGUAUGGAUUGCUUGAGAUAUAUACACUCAAGUGUAAACAGGACAAUGAUUGUUGUGAAAUAUUGACAGCGGUGGAAAAAGAGAGACAAAAUGAGGAGGAAAAGAUGUGUUGCAUAAGUAUAGUGUUUGAAGAAAUGAUGAAUGAUUAUUAUAAAUGAAACCAAACAGACAUUUCCAUAUUGUAACUGUACUGUACAUAGAAAAGCAAGCUUACAUUUCAGUGGUACUCAAUGUUUCAGCAUGUAUUAUAUUUAAUAUACAUCUGCAUGUACAUCCUUACGCUAGGCUGAUUAAAUACAAUUUGCCUUAGUUUUAACCCUGAGGUAAAAAGAUAUUUCAUUUUAUUUCAAUGCCAAUAAUAUGUAUUUUGUUUUCUUUGUGGUACAUCAUUCAACAAAUUUCAAAUAUACAAAGUUCUGGCAUGAAACUCUAAUGGGCAGGCUAAUAGGUCCUUUAACUCAACCUGCUCAUAAUCACAUCAUUAUCUAUAGGACACAGAUGAUUGGUUCCUGCUGUAUUAGUAGCCAAUGAACUUGCAUGCUCAAUCUUUAAAUACAUGAGUUAGCAUUUGCUUAGCUGUGCAGCGUGCUUUAGAAACCCUCCACCUUCCCCAGCUCCACCUGUAUAGAUCUGCUACGGGUUAUUCAUGUAUGCUAUAUUGUACAGCAGUAGCAUGUCUUACUUGCUCACAGCAGCGUGUCGUGUAUGUAUUGGCAGUAGCAAGUCCUGUACUUGCUCUGCAGCAGCAGCGUAGCAGAUCUAUUCCGCCAAGACCAAACACAUCUACAUUGUCAUACCCAUUACCAUGCCAAACGCUCCGAGAGUUGUCAUGACAGAACUAUAGAUUCUGAAAUAUAAUGGAUAAUUAAUAAUUAAGCUGUAUGUUUUCCAUAUAAAAAAUAUUUUGUGUUUGUAAUGUGUCCCAUACAGUAUAAUGGCAGUGGUAAUACACAAUUUAUAUUUUUUGUUGGUAAAACCUUUAUUUGUUAGUUUUCUUUUGUAUGAUUGUCUAAGAUCUGUUUAAUUGUAUGAUUGUUCUGUGUAUAAAAUGAAGUAAAGGAAAUAGUAAAGUAAUCUGACUUUAAGUUCUUCACUACACCUUGCAGCUUCUAGUUUAGUAGGCUUACAUUUGGCUCCCUUAAGAUAAAGUUAAUUUUUAUUAUUAUUAUUAUUUGUGAUUGGUUGUCAGUAGCCUGUAAGUGAAAAUUGAAAGAAUACUGUAAGAAAGGUAAUAUUUAUCCUGUGUGAUUGGAGAAUAUCUUCAACAUUUAACUAUUUUGUUCUUGUGUACUUUUUACUCAUCACCAGGUACAUCUUUUAUUGCACAUACAAUUAUCACACAGGAUGUAAAUACUGAACAAAACAAUGCUACAUUGUAUGGGCAACAGCGAAGGAAACCACAGAACACAAAUUCAGUUGAUUAAAAUAUUUUUAUGGUUUUCUCCUAUAGGUUUAUCCAGGAACAUCUAUUUAUAUAGUGCAACUAUGAAAUAGUACAAAAUCAGUGGAUGCUAGACCUCAGUUACCAAAUAAGGCAUGCAUUCAUCAGGAGAUCUCUGAGCCACUACACAGAUUCACUCACAUGAACUACACAGGAUCACUCACAAAUAACCAGCCAGGGCACAGAGAAGGACAUUUACUGGGAAUCAGUACCGAUAACCCGCAUAUUUGCACACGCACACAUUCACACACACACACACA